GAGGAUCCAACGUUGAGUUUGCCUCUUUUCCUUGUAUUUUUUCUGAUUUAAUGAUAGGGACAUGCCACCAUAAGGCAUAAUUAAUUUUUUUUUAAGACAAAAAAACUUAAAAGUUGCUACUGUAUGAACCACUAAUCACUCACUCAAAUUACCUCGCACAGAUCCACCGACAAUGCUCUCUAACCAAUCCCCAGCAAUACCAACCUCUCAACCAUGAACACUGCUCACGAAUCAUAACUACCACCCUCUUCCCUUCCAGACACCCUAACGGGUGGCUCUAUGCAUAUUGACUCCCCUGAUCCCACAAUUACCUCUUUUACACGCCCAACAUCUUACCUCAACACGCUAAUCUCUAACACUCCUGUACCCCACUCUCUUUUUCAACUUUACUACCCAACUACACACCUAGACCUCACCGAUGAAAGUAACGCACCAAAUGAUCCCACAAACUUUAUCCCACUCUCACCGGAGGAGAAAAAUAGACUCUAUGCACCAUGGAAACACUCCGUCAUUGUCAAAGUUUUUGGACGCAGAAUUGGACACCAACUUCUUCGCCAAAAAAUAUACGCUCAAUGGAAGCCAACUGAAAAUCUUCCACUAAUUGAUUUAGGAUCUGACUUUUUCUUAAUUAAAUUUUAACAAAAAGAAAAUAUGCUUCGUGCUCUUCAUGAUGGCCCUUGGUUUAUCUUAAACCACUUUCUCUCCGUCCGUCAAUGGGAGCCUAAAUUCAUGGCCUCCGAAACAAUACUAACCUAUUCCGCCAUCUGGCUGCACCUCCCUGAACUACCUACAGAGUUUUACGACUUUGAGAUACUACAUAAAUUGGGUAAUAAAAUUGGAAAAUUACUCAAAAUAGAUGCAUGUACCUCAGAAACCACCCGAGGAAGAUAAGCCAGACUCUGCAUCGAAGUGCCAUUAGAACAUCCCCUAAAAACCCACAUCUUCAUUGGUAGCCACGGGCAAACCAUCCUCUAUAAGGGCUUAAAUUUGCUCUGCACCACCUGUGGAAAACUAGGACAUACUACACGAGUUUGUACCCACUCCCCACCAACACCUACAGUCUCAAACUCCAAACCCCUCGAUAGAUCAAAACUCUCAAAAUACUACUGCCCAAACUCCAUCAACCUCGACUCUUUCUCCAAAUCAAGAAUGGAAAGUAGUUCAAUUUCCAAGAAAAUCACUACCCAAAUCCCGCGCCGCCCAACCAACAUCCACUCUGUUGGCAGCAGGUCUCAUUCCGCUGCCAUGUAUAUCUCAAGGGACCCACGCGAACAAUCCAGGUUUGUCUAAAAAUCCUAAUUCUCUGCUUUUUACUAAUCUUAAAACAAAUGGGGCGGAUAAAGAGUCCCAUAAUCCUAAUCACCACGUUUUCUCUCUCAUAACUAACACUAAUAAAUUUUCUCACCUACUGAUUAGUGAUGUAUUAAUUAAUGAAGAAACCACUCUCAACAGCCCAUUAAUCCCUACACCCACUAACAUACCCCUACCCCAUGAACAUGGCCAACCAGCCCACUUGGAGACAGCCCACUUACUCACACAAAAGCUGGACCAUGCAACCCUAUUGGCUGGCCACGUUACCCCCAAGACAUGCAGGAACCCCUAAAUCUAUCCAUUCAAUCCAACUCAGCUAGCAUACUAAACCUAGACCACCAUAAUUCCCCAUGCCAAAUCAGUAACAAUUUUCAUAAUACCAAGACAAAAAUUUCCUCUAAACCAAUACAACCUAUUACCUUCCCCAUGUAGAUAGCCCAUGAUGAUAUCUCAAAACCCAAUACCACACCUCAAUCAUCUCAAUCCAACAUACAUAGCCCAUCAUCAAAACCAGAACCGGCUAUUUCUACUACUAACAUACCUCUACAUACACAGACACCAUCAUCAACCUCAAAUACCACGAUGCCUUCACGUUCAUCCUAUUCAAAUAUUCAAGAUGUAUCCCACUCAAUUUCCCCAGCCACACAGAAGAACCAACUACCACAACAGGAACACUACUCACAGACUAGUGAAUCAACGAACCUCACACUCAACUCCUCCUCCACAACUCAAAUACCAGAAUAUUCCUAGCCUAAACACCCCAUGCAAUGACCAACCCAACAUCUUGGUUGGAAGUGGGACUCCAAAACCAUGCUCUCACCUUCACCAUGGAAGUAAACAAUCAAGAAGUAACAAUUCUCAUCAACAGCCCGAUGUACCUUGCUCAAAUAAUCACGGAGGGGAUGCGAUUAGGGACAGACAUCUAUGGCAGGUACCAUUGGUUUAUGAUGCAAGCCCCAUAUCUAGCACCCUACCAACCUCUAAAUCCACCAACGCCAACCUGGGACACAACCCACCUAUAUCCCAAUAUCAUUCAAAUGCCAUUCUACCCGCCAACACAACUAACCCCCUCAACACCUUGGAUACAACCAUACUUUCUACCAGCUCCACCAGUCACACUAAUGGAACCACUGACCUCGCCUACCCAAUCCCCACCACAAACCCCGCCACCUCCUCACAAUCUCACCGCAUAAAACGACGAUUUUCAACAAGAAGUGGCAGCAAUGAUGACCUACAACAGGGAAACACGCCCAGUCUUAGCUUGGCUCGACGGCAUCAAAGUCUUUGUCCAGAAGGAGGAGUACGCAAGAAAAAUACAUCUAAAUUGCCCUCCAAACCUCCUACGAUGCUCCCUCCGCAUACGACCUACAACAAAUCCAGAGGUGGGAAAGUAUGCAAUACUACUGAUUCCCACACUCCAUCUACGCCCAGGGGAGCACAACAACACCCAGGAGGACAUGCAGGGCAGCCAACUGCCUAAUCAAUCCAAUAAUUAUAUGAAUUUCAUCAUAUGGAACUGUAGAGGAGCUCAAUCUCCUGAAUUUAGACGUAAUUUUCACUCUCCACUUGAUUAUCAUCCUCCAUCUUUAGUCGCUUUACUUGAAACACACCGUGUUGAGCACCAAACCUUGAAAGAGGACUUUCACUUUACGGGAAUGGCUGAGGUGGCCGCUGUGGGACAAUCUGGAGGAAUUGCAAUUUUGUGGCAUUGUAAAAUUCAGGUAAACCCCCAUCAAGAGAUUCAUUGUAAAAUUCAGGUUGUUGCUCCUACAGCUGGGUAGCCCACCUAUCCAUCAUAUCUACAGGGAGCAAAAUAGCGUGGCAGAUAGUUUAGCUAAAUAUGGUGCCAAGCAAGCAGAUGGUAGCAACUGUCUUCUUUUUGCAACACCACCACUUUUUGUCCAGGAAUUUCACCAUCAAGACCAAGUAGGAACAAAUCACCGGAGGCUUGUUAAACCCUGUUCUUCCACCAGCUCUUUGACGCCUACCCUGGCAGCUCCAUUACAGGACAAAACAGCCUCUUCUUUAAAUAGUUUUUCUAGUAAUGUUUUGACUUGUAACGCACCCUAUGAAGGUGUGCAACCGGUAGACUCUACUAUGAAUAUCUUAGUUACUUUUAUGCCUACAAUGCAUCCUGCUC